AUGACCUUCCAUGCUUUGACUACAAUGGAUGAUUCGAACUCCAUUGCUAGAUCUGGCAAUGUUGGAGAUUCAAGACGCCCUUCUUUGUAUGAAAACGUCCCUGCUGCUCAACAUUUAUGCGUUCAAAGGGUAAAAGACUUUGUUCCAAAAAGAGAAUUCUCUGCAGAUUGCUUAUCUGCGUUUGGUACCAGUUUACAGAAAAUCUUACCUCCAACCCUCACUGGAAACCCUUUACAGAAGGAUUUCCCAUUACCUGAUAGUUUUAGUCAACCAUCUCUUGUGAAUAAAUCCCUUUUAGCCAAAUCUGACCUCUGCUACGGAUCCUGUUUAAAAGACAUUGUAGAAGGAUUUUUACCUGGACACUCGGGGUGGGCCCAAAUUGGUCGAUUUGGAGGUGUUAAUUUUACCUCGGGCAAACUCGGUACCUGGAGUGUCACUGGAACGAAUAAUAUUUGGUUUUCAUGGUGGUGGCUGGUGUGGUUUGAAAACCUGGAACACUUAGAAUUAGAAAUGACUAAGGAUGUGCGAACACCUCUAGAGCAAGAUGGGUUUUGGCAGUUGGCAUAUUGGUUCUUGACCAUCCCUUCUUUUGCCAUUUUAUUUGACCAUGUUAAAACCUUCAUCAGUGGAUUGGGUCAACUUACGGUUAUGCUCUACGUAGUUUACAAGACUUUAUCAACCACAAUGGUACAUAGGAAAGGUCUUUCUGGUUUAACACCAUCAAGUGCUAAUUCUGAGCUGUUUGUGGUUUUAGGAAUAGUCAAGCAUUUUAUAUCUCAUAGUUUAUGGCAUGCAACAAUGCAGGUGAAAGAAGAUAAAUAUGAAUGUAUUAGUCACGUUAUGAUAGGAGAAAAAAAAAAGAUUUUACCAUGCUAAUCCUGGAUUCAAAACUUCUAGCAUGAAUCAUUUUAAGUUGUUUUUUUUUUUUUAAAAAAUACUUUAUUGCUGGAAUGUAGCAAGAUCAUCUUUUUUCUCUCUCUCUCUCUCUUUUUUUUUUUUUUAUAUAUAUAUAUUGUUUUUAAUUUGACCAUUUUCACAAACCAAAUAUGGCCUGAAUAUUUAUAAUAAAGGGAAAAGUACGGGCUUCAUAUCAAAACAUAGAACAAGAUUGUUGUCUGCACUAA